UCUAUCGGUUUGUCACAAGUUGACAUUGUGGGAUCAAGUGAUAGCUCAGAUACUGACAACAAAAAAGUAAUGGUAAAAACGGAGAAGAGAACCCAUCACCUAAAGCCUCUGAAGAAAUCUGUCCGUCAAUGCAAGGCAUUCACAGUGGCAAGAAAGCAUCUACUAUUAUGUCUGAUACUGUUAAUAACGAUAAAGAUAAUAAAUUCAUUGUAAAAAAUUCUGGAGAAAUCCUUCCGCCAAUGCCACCAGUGAAUGAAAAAAUCAUAGCUAACGACACUGGUGUGGGCCUUGGUGAUAGCUUGGGCGAAGUGAUUGAUACCGAUACGGAAGAACUUGCAUUGACCAUACAAAGCAUACCUAAUAAAAAAACUGAUGCGUCGAAAGAAGAUAAGAAAAAAUCUCCAAAAAAGGUUACUAAAAAGAAAAUUCAUAGACCAUGUCCAAUAUGUGGAUACAUGCAAAGUGCCUUACCAAGACACUUAUCUCUGAAACAUAAAAAGGAUCCAGCUGUUGUCAAGGCGUUAUCACUGCCACGUCGCGAGAGAAUUAAAGCAUUUGAUAACCUGAAGAAGAUAGGUGUUUUCAAUUACAACCAAAAGGAGAUGGCGAAAGAAGUACCAAAGUAUAUCCGAGAAAGAACAGGCAACGACGACGAUGCGCUAUUCGUUUGUGUUACAUGUAAAGGAACGUACAAUAAGAACUAUAAGGCCAGGCACCAACUUUUUUGUGGAAAAAACAAUGGCCAAGUUAUGGUACCUCUUUUACCUAUUGAAGCUCUCAAUUUCAAUGACUUAAAAGAUGACUUCAAAGCAGUACUAAACAAAAUGAUUUUGGAUGAUGUAUCAUUAAUGGCAAAAUCUGAUGCUGUAAUUCUUAUGAUUGGAUCUCGCAUGUUUAAUGGCCAAAAGUGUAAGUCCGAAAAAAAACAUGAAGUAGAAAAGAAGGUUCGUCAAACGAUGAGGCAAUUGAGCCGUUUGUUCAUUGCAUUUAAAGAGUCCUUAGGAAUUCUUGUAGAUUCUUCUGCAAUGUUUAACAAAAACAAUAUAUGUCAUUUAAGAAGCGCUAUCGACAAGUUAUGUGGGGAUGAUGAAAAAUGUGGUCUAAAAGUGCAGUUACAAAAUACUAUUAAAGGCGCUGCUAAGAUGUUGCAGGCUCAUUAUUUAGUUAAGGGAGAUAUGAAAGCUGACCAGGUGAGAGAUUUUAUGGCGGUGCUGAGUUUGGUCGAGGACGAGGUAUUCGGAGGUGCUUUAUAUAAAAUAAAGCAAAAGAGGAACAAAACCACGCGAAAACCGGGAAACCUCCCCACUAGCGAGGCUGUAGAACAGCUAACUACUUACUUACGAAAUUUAACUUCGAAAGAAAAGUUUGCUUAUGAAUUACCUGCAGAAAUAUAUGUUGAUGUGCGUGAUGCAGUUUGUGCCAGGCUUACCAUGUACAACGGGAGAAGAGGGGGGGAACUUGCUCGUCUUUUUAUAUAUCAGUGGAAAGAAGCUAUUGAUGGUACAUGGUUGCGUUCCGAAACGCGUGAACAAUAUCAAAGUGCAAUUAAAACCGGUAACCGAAUAACUUUUCAGGAAGGUAAAGGUAACAAACAAGUUCCGGUUUUCUUUCCGCCUGACGUAGUGGAUGCAAUGAAUUUCCUCUGCGAUUUCGCUAUCAGAAAACACUCGGAUGUAGCAGAGGAGAAUGAAUACGUAUUUGCGUCCACAAAAGGAAGCGAUAACCAUGUAUCAGGUUGGCACUCGCUUAUGGCUUGUUGCAAAAAAGCUAACCUGACUGACAAGGUAAAUGGAACUAUGAAUCGUCACCGUGUGUCGACGUUGAUUGGAUCUUUUGGGCUAAGUGAGGUAGAACAGCAGUUGGCUUUUGACCAUUUUGGUCAUAGUGGUGAUGUAAAUAGAAAUAUAUAUCAAGUUCCCCAAGCUGAAAGACAGCUAAAGUCAACAGGUCGUUACUUAGAGUUAAUCGAUAAGGGUUUGGAUGGUGCAUUAAGUGCUACACAAAUUGAUACUGCUACACACAGCAGUAACUCUCAUUCAACUACGUGUUAUGUUACCGAUAACGUCAAUACUAUGGUAAAAACACCAGCCUCAACUUUAAGCAUUUGCCCUACUAGCAAGGAAAAGCCUGACGUAUUUGCCUGCGAUACGAAUUCAUGUAAAGUGGAUGAUACUAUGGUAAAAACACCAGCCUCGACUUUAAACAUCUGCCCUACUAAAGAGAAAAGGCCUAACGUGUUUGGCUGCGAUACGAAGUCAUCUAAAGUUAAUAGAGAAAACUCCCCUGAAUUGCUGUCUUUAAAAAGAAAGUUCGCUACGUCUACUCCUGUGAAAAAGUACAGAUUAAGAACGGCUGAUCAAAAGCAUGGAAGAUAUAUCACAACUACUGAUGAUCGCCAUUCUGAUGAAUGGCGCAAAUCGGAUGAAAGCGAUGAAUCCGACGAAACUGACAAUGAAUCGGACAAAGAAGGCGAAAGUGAAGCAAUCCAAUCAGAAACCACAUCGCGACCCAGUGUCGGGUCGUCGAGUGGUCGAGUCUAUUUUAUUUGGUCAGACUCACAAAGGGAAAUGUUUAACAAAGUAUUUUCUAAAUGGUUAGACAAAGAUCGUGGCUAUCCAACCACUGAUGAAAUGAAAUUGUUUGGGGAGCUUCACGGUGUACCAUUUGAAAGAAUUCGAACCAGAAUAGUUAACGAACGAAUGAAAAAACGAAAAAGAACUCAAAAAAAUAUGAAGAUGAUGAUGUGCGCGUAAAAACGUCUUCCGUUUACACCAUUUAAUAUAAUGGCUUAUGUCUUACCAGUGUUUUGUUAUUUUACCAAUGUUUUGCUAUUUUUGCAACACGAUACUUACUAAUUAUUGUUCUGAAAAAAUUUUAAUUGUAAUAACCUUUUAUUUUUCACAAAUGUUCAUUUGUAACGUGCAAA